CUUCUUCUUCCCUCAAAAUAUCCAUUUUUUUCUCUCUAUCCAAACAGAGUCCAGCCCCGAGAAAAUGUCUCUCACAAUCCCCACAAACCUCUCCAAUCCCCUCGCAAAGCCGGUUCAAGGAUUAAGCAGCAGCAAGCCCAGGUCUAAGUUCUUGGUCUGCUCGGCUGCUCCAAACCAGGAGGUGUCGCCGGAUUCCGGCGACAAGCUGAAAGGAUUCUCCGCCGCCGUGGCCCUGUCCUCCAUCCUGCUGUCGGCGGCGGUGGGACCUGCGGCUCCCCCAGCGUCGGCGGACAUCGCCGGGCUGACCCCCUGCAAGGAGUCGAAGCAGUUCGCGAAGCGCGAGAAGCAGUCGCUGAAGAAGCUGGAGUCGUCGCUGAAGCUAUACGCGCCGGACAGCGCGCCGGCACUGGCGAUAAAGGCGACGAUGGAGAAGACGAAGCGGCGGUUCGACAACUACGGCAAGCAGGGGCUGCUCUGCGGCUCCGACGGGCUGCCGCACCUCAUCGUGAGCGGCGACCAGAGGCACUGGGGCGAGUUCAUCACGCCCGGGCUCCUGUUCCUCUACAUCGCUGGCUGGAUCGGGUGGGUCGGGCGGAGCUACCUGAUAGCUAUCAGAGACGAGAAGAAGCCGACCCAGAAGGAGAUCAUCAUCGACGUGCCUCUGGCUUCCAGUCUCGUUUUCCGGGGAUUUAGCUGGCCCGUGGCCGCCUACAGAGAGCUGGUCAACGGCGAGCUAAUUGACAAGACUGUCUAACUGAACGCCUCUCGUUGCUGUUCUUUUCAGUUUUCUCCCUGUUUUGGUUAUUUCUUCCGUUCUCAGUGGCAGAUGAAGGGCCUGAGGGAACAGACUUGUGGGAAAUUGGGUUGUGGACUGGUUAUGUGUAAAAUUGGGUUUAGUUGUAUCAAAUGCUUUUGUUCGGAGCCCAAUUAAUACUGAUUGUGUUAUAUUUUUCAUCCUUAA